GUUUGUUUAUUUACAUUUUCCUGUGGAAUUUUAUUUUUGUUUGAAACUCAUUGAGUUUUAAUAUGUCCUGUGAAAGUGUGGCACCGAAUGCCAAAAUGUCUGCAGAAGAUAUAGCCAAAUUAUGUUUUGAUAAAUUUAAAAGUCUUCCCAAAACUGGUAAACCUAAUGAAAAAGAAUGGACCAUAUUGGCUGGUGUGGUGUUGCACCAUAAACAAACGGGUAAAAGUGAAGUAAUUUCUUUAGGCAGCGGUACUAAAUGUAUAGGUAAAAGUAAAUUAUGCCCACAAGGAUUGAUACUUAACGAUUCACAUGCAGAGGUCAUGGCUAGAAGAGGAUUAAUGCGUUAUAUGUAUCAUCAACUGAAAAAUGCUUUGGUUAAGUCAGAUGAAAAUACUGAAAGCAUAUUUGAAUGGUUACCGGAGCAAAAAAAGUUUCAAAUGAAAAAAGAUUUAACUUUCCAUUUUCUUAGUACACAAACUCCCUGCGGAGAUGCUUGUAUAAUUGCAAAGCCUAAACCACAAGAGUGUAAUGAAGAAGAACCCAUAAUAAAACGUAGCAAAUUAGAAGAGGUAAAGUUUGAUGAAACAAAUACGGGUUGUAUAGUGGAUAAUGUAUAUACUGGUGCUAAACUUAUAGGUUCCCAUCACAGUGAUGCUAUGCAACAGUUGGUGGGUGCUGUAAGAACAAAACCGGGACGCGGUGAACGUACCUUAUCUUUGAGUUGCAGUGAUAAGUUAGCUAAAUGGCAAGUGAUGGGAGUACAAGGAGCCUUAUUGGAUUUUCUACUUAUGACACCUAUAUAUUUCGAAACAUUAAAUUUUUGGGGUGACAAUGAUUUUGUUAGCUUAGAAAGAGCUAUUUGGAAAAGAUUUGACAAUAAUGAUUUUAAAUCAAACAAAUACAAACUCCAUAUACCUGAAAUUCGAAUUUGCAAGAAACCGGAAUUUCCUUAUGCCCAAGAUAGUGUAAAACAACCUUCACCAAAUAGUUUUGUGUGGUGUAAUAUACCCGAAAUGUUAAAACCUUAUGAAAUUUCUGUAAAUGGCAAGAGGCAAGGCAUUACCAUAAAGAAACUACAUAGUCCUCAGUCAGCUUUAAAAAUUUCUAAAUUUUAUCUUUUAAAAGAAUUUAUAAAUGUUUUAAAAAUGCUGCCUGUUUUAUGUAACACUUUUGAUAAACUGGAAUCAAAAUCCUAUUUUGAAUGUAAAUCAUGGGCUAAAGAUUAUCAAAAUGCUUGGUCUGCUGUUAAAGUGAAUUAUUUUAGACAAUGGUCUUAUAAACCGGAUAAUCUUUUACACUUUUCCGUAGAAGAGAUAGAAAAUAAAGACAAUAGUAAAAAAUAAGUUGUGUGUGUUUAAAUUUUUAUAUUAUUGUAGCUUCGAAAGAAUUUUGAUUGUUUUUGGAAUUUAUCAAGAAACCAAAGUAUACAUUUCUUAAAAAAUCCGAAUCUGGCCUCGAAGAGAUAACUUGAAACUUUAAACUUUUAUCUCUGGUUUUCGCAUAUUUGUUGAUCUACCCUAUAUGGUAGGUUUCAAUGGGAUUUUGAAGAAUCAGUCUCAAAGCCCACAUUACCGAGUGACCCACCCAAAGAGGAGUCCCAUAAUCAAGAGCCAUCUUCGCUACAUCAUCAACCCUUUCGUUAAUGUGACUUGGAACCCAAAUCAAAUGAAUAGUUCCUAUAUUAGAAUCUGCAGUAAAUUGGAUAAUAUCCGAUACAAUAAAAUUUUCCCAUAUACUAUCCCUAAUGGAAAUAAUCGCAUUUCUACUGUCCGUGAAAAAAGCAACCCAUUCAUACCCAUCUGUAGCCGCAACUACUAAGGCCCCACGAAUUGCAAUUAAUUCUGCGGUCAAAGACGAUAAACGCAUAUCACAUCUAAACAAGAAAAAACGAUCAAUGUGUUGCAGAAAAAUAGCACAUCCUGCUGUCGAUUCAGAAAGAGAGCCAUAAGUGGCCAUCAUCUUAAAGCCAUUCUCCUUGUACAAUCCAAGAAGAUGACCAUAGUACGUCCUAGUACAUUCCCUAGGAGCAUUGUGCUUAUCACCAAAUGGUUUAUCAACAUUAUAAGUAACUUUCACAGAUAUAGUUAAUCUAAUACAUCUCCAUAGCCUGUCAAAAAUAUGACCAAAUUUAGAGAAAACAAAUAAAUAACUAUUGUUUAGUUCACGAUACUUCGCAAUCAAU